AUGAGCGUUGUUUUUAUUGGAAGUAUUCCUUAUGAUACGACUGAAGAGCAACUAAUGUCUUUAUUUAGUACGGUUGGGCCAGUGCGAUCUCUUAGACUUGUCUUUGAUAGAGAGACUGGGAAAUCAAAAGGUUAUGGAUUUUGCGAGUACCACGAUACAGAAACAGCAAGGUCUUGUGUUAGGAAUCUCUCGAACUACGAGCUUAAUGGGCGAAACCUUCGUUUGGACUUUGCAGAUUCCAUGCUUGGAGCGCCCAAAGAGCUAAGAAAGGAAAACAAGGCAGCUAGAAUAUAUAGACCAAAUUCUGACUAUGGCGAAGGAUCUCAGGGACCUUCCUCAUCCUUUUGGGAUCCCUUCUCAGCAAGUGGGUCUGGAGAAAUGCACCACCAACAGCAAAUGUUUGGCUCGCAACAGCCCCAGCACGUUCAAUUUGAGCUUGCACAACAACUACCACCUCCACCGCCGCCUCCUCCUGCCGCUUCGAUGACAGCGUUGGAGUCACUGCCUCCAGAUCAGCUCUUCUCAUUGCUCGCACAUAUUAAAAAUUUGACACAAUCUCAACCCUCACAAGCCAAAGACCUUUUGGGAUCCAACCCACAUUUGACCUAUGCUCUUUUUCAUAUUCUUUGGAGAAUGGACUUAAUUGAUGCCCAAACAAUUCAAAGAACCAUUUCGGCCUUGAGUGUAGGACCUCCAGAGGCGUCCGGUGCCAAUACUGUCGAGCUAAGAUCACAGGAUCCUAGAAAACUUCAAGCCUCAGACCCAUUGAAAUCAGAUCAACAGCAGGCACUAUUAGAGCAAAUUCGAAGAAUGACCCCGGAGCAAUUAGAAGCACUUCCUCCUGAACAGAGAGAAAAAAUUUUAUUAUUAAAAAAUAAGGUUUAA